UAAGUCUUUACUAGUACUACUCCACUCCACUCCACUCCAAAUUCCACACAGUUGAUUAUUUCAAUAUUUAUAUAACACUCUCCAAAUUUGCAAAGUGAAAAAUUAUACAAAGUCCCCACUAUACAACAUAAAACCCCUUUUCUAAUUCAUAAAUAAACCGUUCUUCUAUUUUUAGUAACUAUUUUAAUCAUUUCCUUUUUCGGUAAUUCGUUCGUUUUAUGAAUUCCGACGAUGCCAACGCCAGUAACAGCGGCGAGGCAAUGCUUAACACCGGAAGCCGGAAAAGCACUAGACGAAGCUGUCACCGUCGCAAAACGUCGUGGACAUGCUCAAACGACGUCACUUCACGCCGUUUCAGCACUGUUAUCACUUCCAUCAUCAUCGAUUCUACGUGACGCGUGUUGUCGUUCGAGAAACUCAGCUUAUUCGCCACGGUUACAGUUCAAAGCACUCGAUCUUUGUUUAUCUGUGUCACUAGAUAGAGCACCUUCAUCGCAUAAUAAUGUUUCUUCCGAUCAAGAACCGCCGGUUUCGAAUUCGUUUAUGGCCGCGAUAAAACGGUCUCAGGCGAAUCAACGCCGUCAUCCUGAUAAUUUUCAUUUCUAUCAUCAACAACAACAGCAGCAACAGCAAUUGCAGAAUCAGCAAACGUUUUCCGUUUCAGCUGUUAAAGUUGAGUUACAGCAUUUAGUUUUGUCUAUUCUUGAUGACCCGGUUGUUAGUCGGGUUUUCGCUGAAGCGGGUUUUCGGAGCUCCGAAAUUAAAAUCGCUAUUCUUCGUCCUCUUCCGAAUCUGUUCCGUUCACGUGGUCCGCCUGUUUUUCUCUGUAACCUACCGGAGCAGCCACGUCGGGGAUUUGGGAUUGGAUUAGGGUUAGGGUUUCCGUUUUUAAACGGAUUUGGCGAGGAAGAUGAAAUUGACAAUUUCCGGAGAAUUGGAGAGAUUCUCGUUCGGAGCAAAGGAAAAAAUCCUCUGCUUCUCGGUGCAUGUGCUAAUGAUGCUCUUAGAAAUUUCACCGACACGGUGGAGAAACAAAGGGAGGGGGUUUUACCUUUGGAGCUAGCGGGGUUGCGUGUGUUUUGUAUUGGGAAAGAAUUGAUGAGUGGUGACAGUGAAGUGGUGAGUUUGAGGUUGAAGCAAAUUGCUGUGAUAGUAGAGGAGUGUGUUGGACCUGGUGUUGUAGUGAGUUUUGGGGAGUUGAAUGGUUUUGUGAAUGAUGAAGAUGGUGGUGGUGGGUUUGGAGAAGGUGUUGUUAGGGAAUUGGGGAAGUUGUUGAAUAUUCAUUAUGAUAAGUUUUGGUUGGUGGGUUCUUCUGCUAGUUAUGAGAGUUACUUGAAAUUUCUUGGUAGGUUUCCUUCUGUGGAGAAAGAUUGGGAUUUGCAGAUUCUUCCUAUAACUUCUGUUAAGCCUGCUGAAUCAUAUCAGAAGCCUAGGUCCAGCUUGAUGGAAUCAUUUGUACCACUUGGUGGUUUUUUUUCAUCACAGUCUGAUUUGAAAGGUCAACUAAAUGGUUCAUUUUCUUGUGUUCCUCACUGUCAUCAAUAUGGUGAAAAAUGUGAACAUGAAAUCCUUGCUGCUUCAAAGGAAAGAUUUUCCGUUUCAUCUCCUGAUCUAUACACAUCCAACUUACCUCAAUGGUUAAAGACUACAGAAUUUGGCACAGCAAAAGCAUUGAAUGUUAAGACCAAAGAUGAUGGUGUUUUGGUGGAUAGUAGUGAAUCUUGUACGCCGCAUACUAACUUGGACAGCAUAUGCCAAGUUCUGCAUCAGCGUAUCCCUGAGGCAAAUACUUGUCCAACUGUUGUGGGGUUUCAAUGUACUGCUGACAACAAAAACGAAGAUGCUGACAACCGCGUCAGCAAAAUCAUAGACAAAUCACCUAGAGAAUACAUCAAUCUCAACUCUCGUAUACCAGUUGGUGUUCAAACGAUGUCAACGUUACAAUCCGGAAGUCCUUUUCCUGCUCUCUUCAUGGCAAAGCAGGAGAAAAAUAGUCCUAAAUUAACUGAUAUGUUCCAGAAAGUAAAAGAUCUCGAGUCAGGUGACCUAAGAUCAUGUAACAUGUCCAGUUCAAGUGUGAGCGAUAAUUGUCAACUGUCUCCAACAUCUGUGAUUUCGGUAACUACGGAUCUAGGCUUAGGAAUAUGCUCCUCUCCUACCAGCAGUAAAUUGAAGAAACCUGCAGUUCAAUAUACAAUGGAGCCUCCAAAGGAAACUCCUAAUCAAUUUUCUUCAAGCUUUAAUUUGGACGAAGAGAAUAUCCAGAAGCUUCCAUCCCAAUCUUCAUCCUGCUUAACUUUUGACUAUUGUCGACAAGUUGAUGCUAGAAAUCCUAAAAUUCUUUUCGAAGCUCUUUCCAAAGAGGUAAGCUGGCAAGGUGAAGCCAUAAGGGCUAUUGUCAAAACAAUAGUCCGUGGCCCAACAAAAAGGCCUGAAGACCAUGGAGCAAAUCAGCGGGGGGACAAAUGGAUGAAUUUUGUUGGACCUGAUAGGCAUGGUAAAAAGAAACUUGCUGUUUCUCUAGCUGAGUUAUUGUACGGAAGCCGGGAAAACUUUACUUUUGUGGAUCUAAGUUCUGAAGAAAUGAAAGGAUGCGAUGUGAAAUUCAGAGGAAAGACUAACCUUGAUUUUAUUGUCGAUGAAUGCUGCAAGAAACCAUUGUCUGUUGUUUUCAUUGAAAAUGUUGACAAAGCAGAUAUAGUAGCUCAAAGUAGUUUGUCUCAAGCCAUCAAGACAGGAAAAAUCACAGACUCGAAAGGACGAGAAGUUAGUGUAAACAAUGCAAUAUUUGUAUUUUCCUUCUCAUGUUAUCAAAAUAGUUUGAUUCAAACAAGGGAACCUUCCAACUAUUCUGAGGAAAGAAUACUGAGGGCAAAGAACGGAGGUAUCAAGAUAAAAGUUGAACAUAUGGUUAGAGACAUCAGAAAUCAAAGCAUCAGUGUAGCUAACAAUUCAAUAAAUGUCAUUCCCAAUCUAAAUUUCAUAAACAAACGAAAAUUGAUUAGUGACAAUGAACUUCGCGAUCCCCAUUUACUCUCAGAUACGGCUAAAAGGGCACAUACAACAUCAAAUCGGCUUUUAGAUUUGAAUCUUCCAGCCGAAGAGAAUGAACAGAAACAAACAGAUGAGGGAAACUUUGAACAUGUCUCAACCGACAACCAAAUCCUCUGGUUGCAAGAUUUGUAUAAUCAUGUUGAUGAAACUGUAAUUUUUAAAUCAUAUGAUUUUGAUGCACUUGCAGAUAGAGUGUUGAAAUUGGUGAGAAGUAACUUCAACAAAAUUAUUGGAUCCGAGUGUGCCUUACAAAUCCAAACAGAAGUUACGGACCAAUUGCUUGCAGCCGCAUAUGUAUCGGAUAGGGAUAUGGAGGUGGAGAACUGGAUUGAGCAAGUUCUCUGUGGUGGAUUCACUGAAGUGCAGAGAAGAUUCAACCUCACUGCUAGUUCUAUUGUGAAACUAACCAUAUGUCCAGAGCAAGAACCAGGUGUACACCUUCCACCAAGGAUAGUUUUAGACUGAACUCCCUUAAGUGAUUGUUGUAUUUUCUAUUUGGAUGUAUAAUUUAGCAGUAGCAUAUAGUGAAACUAUUUUAGUCUUCAAUCCCUAUUGUUUUGUUGGGUUUCUUUGUUAAGGUAUCAGUUGUGCAUAAUAUGUAAUUUGCAGCUAGUGCUUUGUGUGGUUAUCCUUGCAUAUUUGAAUCAAAUGUCUUCUUUGUUUAUGUAAGUUAUAGCUUGAUGUAAUUGGUUAAUACAAUAUACUGAUGAAUCAAUGUAGACCAAAAAAAAAAAGAGGUGUUUAUGUUUUGUGACUGAA